UCUCGCGAGAUUUCACUGUGUUCUGUACUUUGUCAGCAGCAGCGGUCCUCCACCAUUUCGCUGCGUAAAGUCUCCUCCCCGCGACCGCUACAUUCUGCGCCGAAACCCAGUCUCUCCCGGUCCGUAUUUUAACUUCUUCCCACAGACCUAGUGGUACCUCGUUGGGUACCGGGAGACGGUUUGGAUUACUGACAUUACGGAUUGAGUGCGAUUUUACGCGGAUGACGACUCCUUCAACGAGAAUUUAGUAAAAGAAAAUUGGUCGGAAAUUUCAGAGUAUGUGGAGGGGACCCUAAUUUCAGCAUCCUGGAAGUAGAAAGCACAGAAGAUCUGUGUCUCACAUCACAGACAGGUGCAGUGUGUAGCCGGGGCAGCACAGAGGAAGGACGCUCUGGGGAGGAGGCGGUGCGGCAGCGUGCCCCUCCGGCUGUGGAUGUGCUGGGUGGCAACCCCCAGGCUGCACAGAAUGUGGCUGGGGAGUCAACUCGGCAUGCCCCGCAGCCGGUCGCAGCUGCCCCCCGCCCAGUCCCUCCGUUCACCAAUCCGUCCACUGUGCCAUUGCCAGAGAGCAACGACUCAGCAUUCCUCAGCAUGGAGGACGUCCCUCCAACCAACUUACAGGAGACCCUCCCGAUCAGAUGUGACUCUAAGGCCAGCACAUCGGAAGAAGUACCUGCCGAGGAGGGCGUUGUCGACGUUUCAAGAUCCUUGGCAACAUCCCUCAACGAGGACUGUAGUUCCUCUACUGAGAUGCAAAGGCUUCCAGCCCCCCUUUGUCCUCCUCUCAUCCCCGAUAAGCAGAUUGAUAGCACAGUGCAAGAGAUGCAUUAUGGGUCACAAACUGAUAAAGAGAAAAGCCACUCAAAUAAUCAGACAGACCAGAUUCAGCCACUUAGGGAAGGUGCUGGACUUGUGGUUAUUACGGGCACAAAGGAGAAACAGUCCGUCACAUUGGAAUAUAAAUCAGAGACUGCAACACACUUGGAACUUGGUGGAAAAGAGCACACAGGUGGAAAGAUUCUCCAUCAACAUCAGUCUCAAAUCAGUUUCCCAGCCUCAUCUCCAUCAGUCCCACAAUCAAGUGUUGCUUUCAAAGUCCAAGACACCACAGAACAUGCAGUUAUGGAGCAGUCUGACAGGGAUGCACUUGUCGACGUUAAUCAAGACAGCCAUAUACCUCCGCCAGGUGUUGCGGAGCAGGCAGGUGGUCAUCAGGACUCAAAAAAGUCCCUGCUGCCUUUACCCCCAUCUGACAACGGUGAGAUUAAACAAACUGACAUAUCAAAAACACAACCUAAAAUCAUCAAAGACCUCUCACAUGAUGCUAGGGAAAUACAGAAAACAAAUUCCGUGGAGCCAGGUGAGAUGUUUGAGCAUGUUAAAGAGCUUGUUGACUCUUCUCAUAAAGAAACCCAACCUCUUUCAGCUGAAAAACUUGAGACCCCACAGGCAGGAGAGUUGCUCCUAGGAUUAUGCACUUCUCCGGGAAAAGGAGGCUCAGUGUCCAGCAGUGCAGCUGGCAAAGAAGACGGUGACAUCCAGAGGAGCUGCUGUCCCCUUGAAGAAGAGCAGGUGGAGAGCAGCACGAGGGAAGAACAAACUGAAACAGCCACCUCCUCAUCUGACAUGUCAGUGCUGCCAGUGUCCUCUUCCACACAGGAGAGUUCCUCAAAACCCUCUGCUGCACCUCCUCUGUUUGACACAGGCCUAGUUGUCUCACUGCAGGCAGAGCAGGUUGUUGCAGCAGAAACAUCUCAUCCCUCUGACCAAGUCCUCACAACAGAGACACCACUGACUGCUGAGCUUGUGCAUUCAGCCAGUGCUCAAGAAAUUGUGGUUGUCAGAGAGGAGGCUCACAUAAGUGGGGACUGGUCUAACAUGCACCUGAAUCAGAGUUACCUCCUGCAACGAGAAGAUGGCAGCGUCUGUGAAGCUGCCAUUGUUAAUGAGCUGAGUUCUGAACUCGCUACUGGAGAACCAAAGCUUUUUGAAGAAAGUGUUCAGGCAGACAUUGAGUUGCACUCGCAUCCUGUGGAAGUGUAUGAAUUUUGCAGCCUGGUUGAGGAGGUUGCUGAGGAGACUGUCUGUGCUGGUAAUAGUGCACAGAUAGCUCACUCUCCAGGAUACGAGGUGAACUUAUUCAAUGCAUUACUAGAACAGUCAGAUGAUUACACUGUAAAAGAGGCGCUGGAGCCACAUCUUCAACCAUCUAUUCACACAAUUAAUGAAGGUGACACUGUCAUUAUUUCUCAGCAGUCCUUACCUUCAUCAACUGAAACACAGGCUCCCUCUAACAGUAAUUCCCAUAAUUUGUCAUUGCAAAACACAAGGAUGGCUGCUGUUGGGCAACACCUGGUAUUAGAUGCUAACCAAGCUGUUGAAGUGGCUAACUCAAGUGAGGUUUGUUUAGUUGAAGUAUCUGCUGUUGCUUCUGAAUCAUUCACUGUUCAACAGACAGAUACUAGUCUACAAAUUGUGACACACUGCUCACAGGUUGGUGCAGCAGUCCAAAACCAAACAGAGGUGAGUGAUUCUCCUGUAAUUCCAGCAGUGCCCCAAAAACAGGAAGUAGAAGCAACAGCUGGUGCAUUAACUCUCAUAUCCCCAGUGGUUACUGGUGAGGGCAUGGGGAUGGAGUCUGUUGCUGUUUCAGUGCAUGUUUCUCAUGUAGAAAAUCAGUCCCCGGGAGUUACUGUAGUUAGCGCCACAAAACCUGCUCUGACUCCAUCACGGAACAUUCAGGAUAUUGCUGUUUCCGCAGGAACCAAACCAGAGGCAUUUCAUGCCACUCACACCUCUGGUAUUAUAAAUCCAAAGCUGCUCCUUCUAAAACCAGGAGAAACUCCUGUCCUGAAACACCCACCCUCCCUUUUGGCACAAGUGUCCAACCAGCAGAAUGUGGCCACCAGUCUGGUCAAUACCCACAGCUCUUGGUCUGGUACAGUGUCUGAGGAGUGCCUUCCCCAAACUGUCUCAGCAGCAGACUCUUUGUGUGCGUCUGUGCCUCUUGGCAGCCAGAAAGAUCAGAUGCAGUUCUCUGUCGAUAAAACUUCUGUGACCACAUCUCUGCCUGUCAAGGUACAGCAGCCGAUUGUGAGCAGUGACAUCUCACUUCAUCUUGACCAGACUGCAUCUGUCUCUAGCAAAUCUGACAAAGAGGCCUUAACUAUUACUAAAAGUCCAACAAGUGAAGCAGAUCCUGCGUCCCAAGAUGUCAUCUGCCCUACAGAUGCCUCCCCACCCGUUACGCCUCAUACCCUUUACAUGUUCACAGCAGCAGUGGAAAGCGAAGGCACAGUCAUGGCAUCUACCAGUCCUGUUGACCCCAGCAGCCAAACUGGCUCCCCUUAUGUGGAGGAAGAGAGUGAGGACAUAGAGCAGGAUGAACCAACGGGAGAAACUGAGGUUCAGGAAGUUGCUUCUGGUCAGGUCAGCAGUCCAGAGGAAGGCAGUGAUGAGGAUGCUGACGCCGACAAAACGGAAAGCGAGAUGACCACCCCAAGUUUAUCUCACAAGCAUGGACAGAGCAGGACAGACAGAAAAGCACUGUUCCUUAAGGUACGCCAGUGGAUAGCAGACAGGGUCACUACAAAUUCAUCUCCCAUCUCACCUUCCACCUCCUCUUCGUACCCUGGUCCCUCAGCUGUCAGUGAUUGGUCCACCCCACGGCGGGAGAGGUCCUCACCUCUCAGAGGUCCUCAUGGGAAGUUCGUUUCUCCUGCCUCUGUCUGUGGCUACAGUUCCUCGUCCCCACCAGAUCAGGCCACGCCUCAAAGGCCCCGUGGAGAGCGUCACACAGACAUGGCAGAGCUUGCUAAGCAUGAAGCAGACAUCGAGCAUCGAACCCAGGCCCUGAAGCGAGAGGGCUUCUGGUCAACGAAGCGCCUCACCCGCCUGACGGAACCACCUCGACCGAAAGUUCACUGGGACUAUCUGUGUGAGGAGAUGCAGUGGCUGUCCGCUGACUUCGCACAAGAGAGGCGCUGGAAGAGAGGGGUGGCUAGAAAGGUGGUGCGAAUGGUCAUGCGACACCACGAGGAGCUGAGGCAAAAAGAAGAAAAGGCCAAGAGAGAUGAGCAUGCUAAAAUCAGAAGAGUUGCCUCGUCUAUAGCAAAGGAAGUCCGGGCUUUCUGGAGCAGUGUUGAGAAGGUGGUGCAGUUUAAGCAGCAGUCUAGACUGGAGGAAAAGAGGAAGAAGGCUUUGGACCUUCAGCUGGACUUCAUUGUUGGCCAGACAGAGAAAUACUCAGACCUCCUCAGCAAGUCUCUUGCACCCACCAGGCCUGCUGAAACUGUCCCUCUGAGUCCCCAGAAAUCUCUGCCACCUUCUGUUGAUGAGGAUGACAGAGACUUUGAGCCUCCCUGUGAGGAGGAGGAUGAUGAGGAGACCAUAGAGGUGGAGGAGCAGCAAGAGGGCAAUGAUGCUGAGAGCCAUCGGAGGGAAAUUGAACUGCUGAAGGAGGAGAGCCUCCUGCCCCUGGACCAAUUACUCAGCACCCUCAAUCUGCCACAGGAGUCAGGCUCAGAUGAAGAAUGCUCUGAUGAAUCCUCUUCAUCCGCGGAGGAGGAAGAGGAAGAUGGUGAAUUCACUGCCAAUGAAGAGGAUGCUGAGGAUGAGGAGGACACCAUAGCUGCCCAGGAGAAGGUCGAAGGGAGUGUUGAUCAUGCAGAAGAACUGGAUGACUUAGCCAGAGAGGGCGAUAUGAGUGUUGAGGAGCUGCUGGAGAAGUACAAAGGAGCGUAUGCCUCCGACUUCGAGCCUCCUUCUGCAUCUGGCUCUAAAGCGAGCUCUGAUUCGGAGGUGUCUGGGGAUGAGGAGGAGGAGACUGAAGAAGAUGAGAGUGAUGCAGAAAGCAACACUUCCUCCUCAGAUUCACCAGGAGACAGUGCAGAAGACGAUGACAGUGAGAAGGAGGAGAGUGAGGAAGAAGAUGGGGAUGAUGACUGUGGAGAUGAAGGCAUGGAGCUCCUGCUAAAGGAGGGAGACAACAGCCCACCUUCCUCAAGCUCACGUCCGAAGAAAGAGAUCAGCCAUAUUGCUGCUACUGCAGAGAGCCUGCAGCCUAAAGGCUACACUCUGGCUACGACAAAAGUCAAGACUCCCAUCCCGUUCUUGCUUCAUGGCACAUUACGAGAAUACCAGCAUAUUGGACUCGACUGGCUGGUCACCAUGUACGAGAAAAAGCUCAAUGGCAUCCUGGCUGAUGAGAUGGGUCUGGGCAAGACGAUCCAGACCAUCGCUCUGCUCGCCCACCUCGCCUGUGAAAAAGGUAACUGGGGCCCUCACCUUAUCAUUGUCCCCACCAGUGUGAUGUUGAACUGGGAGAUGGAGCUAAAACGCUGGUGUCCUGGGUUCAAAAUCCUUACCUACUUUGGCAGCCAGAAGGAGAGAAAGCUAAAAAGACAGGGCUGGACUAAGCCUAAUGCUUUCCACGUGUGCAUCACUUCGUACAAGUUAGUGCUGCAGGAUCAUCAGGCCUUCCGACGCAAGUCUUGGCGGUACCUGAUUCUUGACGAGGCACAAAACAUCAAGAACUUCAAGUCCCAACGCUGGCAAAGCCUGCUGAACUUCAACAGCCAUCGCCGCCUGCUGCUGACUGGAACUCCUCUCCAGAACAGCCUGAUGGAGCUGUGGUCUCUGAUGCACUUCCUCAUGCCCCACGUCUUCCAGUCCCACCGCGAGUUCAAAGAGUGGUUCUCCAACCCGCUGACUGGAAUGAUCGAAGGCAGCCAGGAGUACAACGAAGGUCUGGUCAAGAGGCUUCACAAGGUGCUGAGGCCAUUCCUGCUCAGGAGGAUCAAGGUUGAUGUGGAGAAGCAGAUGCCCAAGAAAUACGAGCAUGUGGUGCGCUGUCGCCUCUCCAAGAGACAGCGAUUUCUCUAUGAUGACUUCAUGGCGCAGGCCUCGACCCGGGAAACGCUGGCCAGCGGUCACUUCAUGUCUGUGAUUAACAUCCUAAUGCAGCUCCGCAAAGUGUGCAACCACCCCAACCUGUUUGACCCUCGACCCAUCCAGUCUCCCUUCAUCACGAAGCCCAUUGUUUUCCUUACAGCCUCCCUGGUGCAGGACGCCCUGGAGGUCCCACCCUUAAAGCGUUGCGACCUUUCUAUGUUUGACCUUAUUGGAUUGGAGAGCCGUAUGUCCCGGUACCAGGCAGAUGUCUUCCUGCCACGCCACAAGGUCAGCCGCCAACUAAUCCAGGAGAUCGUGGACUCUCCUGAACCCCCUCCAAGACCCAAACCGGUCCGCAUGAAAGUCAACAGGAUGUUCCAGCCGCCCCCUAAAGGUGAUAAUCGACCUGUUCUACUGAUGAACAAACCUACCUGCUCUGUGCCCCCUGCAGCUCAGACCCCCAAACCUCCUGCAGUUACUGAAGUCACCUCAGCUCCGGCACCUGCGCCUGUAGUUCAACAAGUGGUGUGCUCAGUGGCGACCACGCCCCCUCCUCGACCACCCAUGCAUCUUACGGCUCAAACUGCAGUGAGAUCCAGUGCACCAAAGCCGGUGCUGACUGUACGGCCUCCCGCUGCUUCCUGCACAGCAAGCAUCUCAGCUCAUCCAAAUCCAAACCCCAGCAACAUCAUGCCCCAGAGGGUUCUGCUCAGUCCAGAUAUGCAAGCUAGGCUGCCUUCCGGUGAGGUAGUGAGCAUAGCCCAGCUCGCUUCUUUGGCCGGGCGACCUGUGUCCUCGUGUCAGGGCAGUAAACCCGUCACCUUCCAGCUUCAGGGAAACAAGCUGACUUUGUCUGGAGCCCAGAUCCACCAAGUCCCAGCAGCUCCUGCACGCCCAGUUCAAGGUAAUGUGAUGCACCUGGUGUCCAGCGGAGUGCAGCACCACCUCAUCAGCCAGCCUGCCCAGGUGGCUGUCCAGAGCACAGCCAGCACACAUCCUGCAAGCACCUCUGCUGCCCUCCCAGCGAAUCGGCUCGCUCACAGUGCCCCCUCGCAAGUGACGCCGUCCAUGGUGAGCAGCCCUGGCGUCGUGAAGAUCGUUGUGCGUCAGACAGCAGGCAAGGAGGGCGGGCCUGUGCCCACGCUGGCCGUGGCCCCUUCCCCUCGUGUUGCUCCUCAGGCAUCCCCUUCCUUGCACCCUCACGCCACCACAACCCCUAUCAGAAACACUGCUCCACUGCAAAUCGCCCAGCGCACCCCUGGUCCUGCCACUGCCCACUACACCAUAGCUCCUCCUGGAAACCCUGGCUGCACCCCGAACCAGCCCCACCCCCCUCGCCCUGUCCUCAAAGUAGUGCAGCCUCCUUCAUCAAGCGCAGAGCAGCCAGCUCCAGUUCAGAUGACCUCCUUGUCCUCUGCGUCCAAGUCUUCAACAGCACCGCGUGACAACAGCAGCAGUCAGACACCACUUACCCCAAAGUCGAGGCCUAGUACAGGUGCAAAAGCCCAACCUCCACCCAGGAAAGUGCCUCGCCCACCUCCUCGCUCUCCCUUCUACAUGACGUGGCUGGCAGAUAGCCUCCAACAGCAGCGUGACAGCCGACUGGACUUCAUCAUUCGAGUCAACGAGCGUCACUGCGGGGCAAAGCCCAUGUAUGGCCGGGAGGUUUUGGACUUUCUGACGUUUCUCCCUGGUCCCCGACCCAAGCCAGCCCCUGUGAGCUCUCAGGGGGAGUGGGGCCGCUCAGGCCAAAGCAGCUGCCUGCUCGCACAGUGGCAAAACAAACACAACUACUGGUCUCAGAGUCACGCCGUGAGGGAGGCCAUCCUCAGCAUUGAGGACAGGCUGGAGCUGCUCAGUGAUGUCAUAGACAGGUUUACAUUUGUGAUUCCCCCGGUGGAGGCUCCUCUGAUCUCCAUGCACUGUUGCCAUCCUCCUCCCUCCCUGAACCAAAAGCAGGCAGCCUUCUCCUCCAUGCUGUCAAGUCAAGUCGCUCCACUUACUCGCAGUCUCCAUCGUAUCCAGUGUAACAUGAGGACCCAGUUCCCGGAUCUGAGGCUCAUACAGUAUGAUUGUGGUAAGCUGCAGACUCUCCACACUUUGCUGCGAAAGCUGAAGACUGGAGGCCACAGGGUGCUGAUCUUCACUCAGAUGACACGUAUGUUAGACGUACUGGAGCAGUUCCUCAACUACCACGGACACAUUUACCUCAGGCUAGAUGGCAGCACACGCGUGGAGCAGAGACAGGCCCUCAUGGAGCGCUUCAACGCAGAUCGGCGCAUUUUCUGCUUCAUUUUGUCGACUCGCAGCGGAGGUGUAGGGGUGAACCUGACUGGGGCCGACACAGUGGUAUUCUACGACAGUGACUGGAACCCUACCAUGGAUGCCCAGGCACAGGACCGCUGCCAUCGAAUCGGCCAGACCAGAGACGUCCACAUCUACAGGCUGAUCAGCGAGCGCACAGUGGAGGAGAACAUUUUAAAGAAAGCCAAUCAGAAGAGGAUGUUGGGGGAUAUGGCUAUAGAAGGAGGAAACUUUACCACCGCCUUCUUCAAACAGCAAACCAUCCGAGAGCUGUUUGAUAUGAACGACGGGGAGAAGAGAGAGGCAGCAGUGGAGCUAUCAGUGCCACAAGCUGAGGAGGAGGAAGCUGUCAACAAACAGAGCACCAUCAUUCUGGAGCAGGCCUUGUGUCGUGCUGAGGAUGAGGAGGACAUAGUAGCAGCUUCUCAGGCCAAAGCAGAGCAGGUGGCAGAACUGGCGGAGUUUAACGAGAACAUACCACUGGAUGACGGAGGGGAACAAGAGGAAGUGGAGGAGCUAUCCAAGGCGGAGCAGGAGAUAGCUGCUCUGGUGGAGCAGCUCACUCCUAUUGAACGCUACGCCAUGAACUUCCUGGAAGCCUCAUUAGAAGAUGUAUGCAAAGAGGAGCUGAAGCAGGCUGAGGAGCAAGUGGAGGCUGCCAGGAAGGGCCUGGACCAGGCCAAGGAGGAGGGCCUAAAGCUUCACGCUUCAUCCGAUGACGACGACGAUGACUUUUUGUCACCACCAGCCUCUGUGGAGCCUGCUCAGCCAGCCCCGGCUCGCCGUGGCCGUAAACCCAAGGACAAGGACAAGGACAAGAUUGUCACCUCCACAAGGACUAGUGGUCGGUUGCGUGGGGCCUCGCCUGAAACUGAGCCUGAGCCUACGACCCCCAGAGAAGUGCCUGAAAGACUCCGCUUUGGUCUGAGAGGACGAGGAACUGCCAAAGAUGCUGGUACUGUGUCUGCCACCCCCUCCCGCACAGACCAUCACAAAACCACCACAUCCUCCAGGCUUCAGGAUUCUUCCAAAUCCUCAAAAGCCUCAUCUCCUGCCAGAGAUCAGCAGGUCACCAAAACCAGGAUUUUACCAAACCGCUCCCAUCCCAGUCCAGUGCCUUCCCCUCCGACGACAUCUCCCCCUGGAGGGAAACAACAGUGUGCUGCAGAGACUGACAGUAAGAACUCCAAAGCAGGUGGAGAGGAGAAAGAGGAUGAGAAUGAGAGGAGGGUGUCUGAGUCAUCACUAGAGUCAAGCUGCCCAGUGGACCAUCAGGCAAAAGAUGAUGACAGCAAAGAGCACAGCGCCAUGUCUCCACCCUCUACCAGCUCUCGAUCGCCUCGAAAGCGUCAGUCAGCAGAUGGUGAAGUCCUGCGGGGCCUGGUUGAAGACUCCCCGUCAGCCAAAGUCCUGCGGAAGCUUCCAGGAAGGUUAGUCACGGUGGUGGAGGAGAAGGAGCCAAAAAGGAGGCGGCGGCGAGGAAGUGGCACUGGCGGUGGAGCUUCUUCAGAAGAGGCAGCUGUGGAGGAGAACACUGCUGGACUCAUUGACGACCCGAACAAAGGCAGCACAUCACCGAGCCACGACACCAAAACUAAAGGGAACGUUAUUAACUCUCCUCAAGACCAAGACUCCACUCCCAGUCUGUCUGUGCACCCACAGCCUGUCAGAGGUUAUCCUCCAUACUCCCCACCGCAUCUUUCUCCUGACAUGCCUGUGCUGAGAAAUCUUCCUGUACGGCGCCGGUUAGAAACUGAAUCUCGCAUGGCUGCACAGCUGGGAGAGCAACAGCAGCAUGUGGGACGAGGAAGGGGAGGGAACCAGUCCAGAAAAACGGACAUAGCACCAGGCAAAGACACCACUUCAGCCUCUACAGAGUCCAGUGUGAACUCUCUUGUGACACCUCUGAAAAGAAAGAGGGGCCGGCCCCCUAAGAUCCCUCCAAGGUUACCUGAGCCUGAAAACACAGUGACCCCUUCCACACAGCCCACCUCGCCAAGUGAGGACGGAAACCCCCCUCUCUCCCCGAAACGUAAGAGAGGUCGUCCUCGCAAAGACUCUGCAAACCUGCCAGAAACUGGUGGCGAUGGACAGAACUCUAGAAAUGAGACCACCACCACUGGUGUAUCGAGUGUAUUAAAAACUGUUGCUAGCACAGAGCCAACAGUCCAAUCCCCACACAAGUCAGAAACCCCCACUGAUGCUAUUAUCACUACAAGUCAGACCUCCCAGUCUGCCAAAGCUGGUGAAACAGACCCUAAGUAUGAGUUUUCAGCCAGUGCUCCAAAUCCAGCUCAGUCCUCCACAGCAACAGAUCAACCAUCCACACCUGUCUCAGCUUCACUACAAGCACCCACAGCACCUGCACCCCAGGUGAUCGCACCACUUCCUGUGGUUGCCUCCACAUCAGCCUCGGCGCAACUCAUUAUUUCAGCUCUGCCAACGCUUCAAAACCAAGACAAAGCAUCAAACCAGGUUUCCUCUACAUCUUCUUUCACACUCUCCACGACCCCAGUCAGUGCUAUCCCCACCACAACCCUGUUGCCACCUGCCGGCACUGUCACAUCACCAACUCUGAGUGUAAAACCAACACUUUCCUCGGCCUCCAAAUCUCCUGUUGAGCCCAAAACUUCAAUUUCCGCAAGUGUGAAAACAACAGGAACAGACUCUGCCAAAACCACCACAGUUUCCACACCAGCUGCUACCACUCCAUCCACUCUGUUAUCACCUCCCCAGACUGUCAAAGCAGCUCCAACAUCAGACGCUGCUGCGCCGGUCACAACAGCUACUGUUGUAGCAGAAACAGUUAGUGUUACACCAGCAGUCACCACCACAGUUAAAUCAGUCCCAGCUAAAACUACAACUAUAGAGGACUUGCCACAAGCUUCUGCUCUGUCAUCUUUCACAUCCACCCCAGCUUCUCAAACAGCCACCUCUGCUGCCACCCAAAAGGUGUCAGCUACAGCUACAAACCCAAGUGGAACUUCACCAAAACCAACCUCUGCAUCUUCUCCAACUACAGCAACAAAUAUGACAACAGCAGUAAAAACUAGUCCAUCAAACACAGGUCAAAGUACUGUUCCCACUACAGGUCCUACCUUGUCUGACAACAUUUCUACAACAUUACCAGCAGCAGCACUCUCAUCAUCUGCUGCAAAAGAACUUCCAUCAUCUCCAGCCCAAGCAAAGACUAAUGUGACAACUACCGAAGUCCCUACCAAACCAGUCUCACCACCACCACUAACAACAACAGUUCAAGUAGCUACAGAGAAACAGGUAGCAACAGUUUCAGCUAACCCUCCCGCUGCACCCCUCUCUGUCAGCACCCCCUUCCCCUCUACAACUUCUGCCAACAUAACAACCACAGGCAAGGCUAAGACAGUUACAGUAACAACAGAGGGAGUCCAAGUAACAACCCCUGUAGGAGCAGCCUCUUCCAAAGAACACAUGACUUCAGCUACCCCUUCCACAACUGCUGAAAAGAUCCCACCGCCACUAACAACCUCCACAGGUGCUAUGGCAGCUUCAUUAUCAACAGUCACAACGACUACAUCAUCCACAGAAAAAUCCAUUGCAGUUGCUACCACAGAUGUCACAACUACCCAAGCGUCUACUACCAAAGCCACCGCAGGUCCUCCUGUGCCCACCUCAGAAACCUCUGCAGUCACUUCGCUGCAGACACAAAGCUCUGCAUCCACCAGUGUUUCCCCAGAGUUAUCCCCACCAGACCAGACAGAGUCUCUGCCCAAGGUACCCACUUCUAGUGUUUCAUCUGAGAAGCAAUCCUUAGAGUUAGUCCAGGAACCAUCUGAAGGUGACCCUGACAGGGUGACAGAAAUGGAAGUAGAUGUUGUGGAGGCUGAAGCAAGGAGAAGCAAGGAGGAUGAUGACAAAAAGCAUGACAUCUCUAAACCUCGGUCUAAAAGGAGAAGGAUGGAGAGUUCCUUUGAGACCAAAGACUUUGAGCCAGGAAUGGAAGGAACAGAUGGAGAAACACAGUCUAUGACUGCUUCUCAGAAAAAAGAACCGAAGCAGCAGGCAGUGGAGCAAACUCCUGAAAAUCAGAAAACUCCAAUCCAGAAAAGGCCUCUUAGCCGUCAGAGUAGCCAAGAAUCUGCUCGCUCCUCUUCGCCAUCAUCUGGGUGCUCUACAUCAACACUUACUCGUCACGCCCACCACAAGAGGACUUAUGAAAAUAGACAUCCCACCAAAAAGAAGCGAAAGGACAUCACCUCAGAAACGGGGAAAGACGAGAAAAAGGCAGAGGGUGGGGAGAAGACGGAGGAAGGCAGCGAGAGGGAACUCACCAUUGCUCCCUCUCGGAGAAGGCGUUCCAGGUCUUCCUCCUCCUCCUCCGACUUUGACAACAGUGAGAGCAGGAAGGAGCACCGGUUGACUCGUUCAGCCAAGCACAGGCUACAAGCUCAGGAGAGGGAAAAGGGAAACACCCAGCAAGGAAAGAAACGUGGCCGCAGCUCGGACAGAAACGCAUCGAACAACACCAACACAUCCACAGGUGGAGAUUCUGGCAGUGAUACAUCUUCAGUCCGGAUCACCAGGAAGUCUGCGGGAUCUCAGCCUUCGCAAGACAGUAAAGCUCAGACUAACAGCACACCCUCAUUGCCUCCUGAGCCCCAAGUUCUGGGAAAGAGAUGCUCGGCACUCAAUGCAGCAGCAAAACUCCUAGCAAUGAAAGGCAGGGUGGAUACCCCUGGCCACACCACUCGGAAAGAAUCGGGGGCUAAGGCCGCUGGGACUUCCCCCGCCUCCUCUUCUGACAAGAACCAAAAGCCUAAAAGCAAAAGUGUACCAGCCUCCCCUCAGAGUAACUCUGUAAAUUCUACUAAUAGUAAAAGCAGUGGGAGCAAACCCUCAACACCCAAUCAGACAAGCCGCUCUGCUUCCCGCUCCACCAGACAGUGCCCUGGUUCUCUGGUUCCACCCCUGGAAGUGGAGUACAAGAGGUCCAAAGCAGAAGAAAAGGAGAGGGGGUGUAGGAAGUCAUUAGGGGGAAAGGAAGGUGAGGCAGAGGUGCAGUCCUUGUCCCGGGGUCACAGCGCCUGCAGCAGCAUGAGCAGUGAUGGCGAGGGCGACGGCGGUGGACGUAGCAGCAGGAGCCGCAGCAGCAGCAACAGCAGCCAGCGUACCCACAGCAUCAGCUCUCAAAACACAGAGCACAGAGAGUCCCGUGCUGCUUCCUCUGGCAGCGAACGCAGCUCGGACCGGACAAAGACUAGAGACAGAAAGGAGAAGCGGGGCCAGCAAAGGGAGAGUCAUCCGGACAGCAGGAGGUCUCAGAAGCUCUCGCAGGAGGUGACCAGCAGUUCGGGAACAGAGGGGACACCGGACAGGGUGCUGCGUAGUGUCGCGGCACUCGCGGCAGUGCAGGCUCGCUCACCGGCCGCAAGCACCCGCUCCUCUUCUAGUCAGCAUCGUCACAACAAGACAUGAUAGGAGUGCCAAAAGGGGAAACAAUGGAGACGAGAGUGUUGUUGCAGAGCACGAUACGAGAGCAUGUCACGACCUCCUGUUUUGUCUGCACUCUAAUGAAUGCCAGGGAACUGAGUGCUGCACAAGCCAGGGACCUCCCCUGUCUCUUGGGCCCUCUCCCGUUCCAACUGGAGCUGGUCCCCUCGCCAGCUCAGCCAUUGUCAGCUGGGGGAAGGUUCAGGGAUGCCAGACUGAGAGUUUUAAAAAAAAAGUGGCGUCACAUUUGUGCGUCCAUAAACGGACAGCGAGACGAUACAGUGGAUUAACUCACCACUGGGACUUGAGGGGGACGAAGGUGUCAAGAGGUAAUAAAGGAAAGCUGUUAGUUCACAUUAUGUACUGUAAUCAUUAAAGACUGGAACACUCAGAUCUUAUGUGUUAAGAUGGAUUAUACAGCACCCUCUUAUUAGGGUUAUAAAUGGAAAGUCAUUUGUGUGACAUUAAAAACUUUUGGGUGACCAGUUGUAUUGUAAGUUGGAGGUUUUAGAAAGUUUGGUUUUGAAAAUUUCGUCAGCUGUCCUGACUAUUGUUUCUUUGUAGUCAGUUGAUAAGUUAUGCAUAUUUUAUUAUUUCUUCCAGGGUAUUAGGAAGAGAACUGAUCUGUCAAUGUGAUCUUUGCUGCACUAUGCUGGAGCUUGUCUUUUUUUGCUUGCCCCCCCGUCAGUUUCUGUUCAUUGGAUUAUUUUUUAAAUCCAGCCUUGCAUUUCUCAUUUGCACAUCUGAUAAUGUGGCCCUCAGCUUCUGAGUACAUUGUGGUGUAGUAAUCGACUUCAGUCAAUUAAUUGGUCCCUGGUACCUCGCGAUGUAUCUCUGCUGUUCGAAAAUGUAUUAAUUGAGGUUGCAAAUUGCCUUGAGGACGUUACAUCUUUUGCUCCGCACCACAGACCUGGAGCAGAAAAAAAAUCCAAUUUCCUUUUCCUAAUCUUCCCAAAGGCAGUUAUUGUUACUUUGUCAUGUAUUUAUAUUGAAAGGGCAAGAAAAUGCUAUUGAAAUUAAGAGUGCCUCUUUGGCCAAAUGGGUUUGAACCUCAGAUUGCCUUGUGAAGCACCUGAAGCAGGGGUGUUGAGCUUCUCUUGUUAUUUAAAAAAAAAAAAAAAGAAAAAAAAAGACAAAACAGGAAAAAAAAGAUUAAACUUCCCUCCUCUUCAUCUUCCUCCUCCUCCUCCCCAGAAAAUGUCCAGAAAAGCACCCUGUGCAUCAGUGCAACCAAAUUGUUUUAAUUUUUCACCUGGAUUUUCGUCACCGUCACUUCAUUGCUCUACAUUCAUGUAAAAAGAAAAAAAAUACUUGGACAAAAUAUGUGAAUAAAAUUACUGGUACAGUUCCAGAUGACUGUAAAUUGUCGAUUUCCUUUUGGACUGUCUAAGCUACUUUGAGCGAAGGUGAUAUUUUGGGUGGGUGGGUAGUUUAUGGUGAUGGUCUUAUUUUUGAUUUGUCUCUUCAUUUGUUGCAUUCCUUUGAUCCCUUGUAAUUCCACAUUGUUUUACUUGAAAAAUUAAGGCAAUUACAGUUGAAUAAAAAGACCAAAAAUUA